AUGGCUUCUUAUGAAGCUCUGUAUGGAAGAAAAUGCCGAUCUCCGAUAUAUUGGGCUGAGGUAGGUGAUAGACCUUUGUUGGGACCGGAACUUGUACAAGAAACAACUAAAAAUGUGAAAUUAAUUCAACAAAGGUUGAGAACUGCACAAAGUCGUCAGAAAAGCUAUGCAGAUGUUCGAAGAAGAGACAGAGAAUAUGAAAUCGGGGACCAUGUGUUUAUAAAUGUGACCCCUAUGAAAGGACAAACUCGAUUUGGUGUUAAGGGCAAGCUAGCGCCGAGGUAUGUUAGGCCAUAUGAGAUUCUUGAAAAGAUUAACUCGGUAACGUAUCGGGUAGCCUUACUUCCAGUAAUAGAGCAUGGGCACAAUAUUUUUAAUGUUUCAAUGCUUCGAGAUUACUUACGAGACCCACUUCAUGUUAUAGAGCCGACCCAUAUGCUUUUGAAGGAUGAUUAUACUUAUGAAGAAAUACCUAUUCAGGAUGUGAAUCGCCGGAUCAAAAGAUUGAGAAACUAA